GCUUAAUACGACACUUGUCACAGUUAACAUUCUACAUCGCCUUCGGCAGAGCUGGUCGUCUCUUUAGCUUUGACGGACAAAUUCCACUAUAGCACAAGUUUUAUCUGUUACGCACAACUGGUUUUCUCCUUUUCGUUAGAUGGGUGAGAAAGAUUUGGAAAUUGAGGAAACAAGUCCACCACGUAGAGAAGAUGAAACUAAAACACAAGUAGGAAAAGUUAAAAAGAAGAAGAAGGUGAAGGCGGAAAAGCGUGGAGUUUGUCACGUAAGUAGAGUACCGCCUCGUAUGGACCACGUGAAACUUCGCCAGGUUCUUUCUCAGUUUGGAGAAAUUCAGAGAAUAUAUCUUGUACCUGAAGCUGUUGCUGCUCAAAUGAAUCGGAAACGGGCAGGUGGAUUCCGAGGACAAGCAUUUUCAGAAGGGUGGGUUGAGUUUACAAAAAAGAGUGUUGCCAAAAGAGUCGCAAAUAUGUUGAAUGGUCAACAGAUGGGUGGAAGAAAAAGGUCAUCAUUCUAUUAUGACAUUUGGAAUGUCAAGUACUUGUCUAAAAUCAAAUGGGAUGAUGUUACUGAUGAAAUCGCACAAAGGCAUGCAGUUCGUGAGCAGAAACUAGCUUUGGAGCUUUCUGCUGCUAAGAGGGAGCGUGAUUUCUACCUUACACAAGUUGAUAAAUCUCGUGCUUUAAGUUCUAUUGAAGAACGAAUGAAGAAGAAGCAAAAGGUGCAACAGGAAUCUGGUGUAAUUUCUGAUUUCCCAAGUGAUCAGUUUGCACCAAAGGUGAUACGACAAUUUCCCCAGAAAAAACCUGUGGCAGAUCAAGCUGGGAAACUCAAGCCUAGUCUGUCUAAGGAUGUUUUGGCCGGAGUAUUUGGUGCAAUGACAAGGGCGUACGAGUGCAAACAUUUCGGAAAUUGUGCUUGCCAAUUUUUUCAACCAUAUUUGAUUUUGUUGCCUUCAAAAACAUCUCUGACUGUUAUUAGAUGUUAAAGUUAUAAGUAAACCUCAAUCAAAAUUUUUAUCUUUAUUUGCA